AUGGCGAAUAGUGCAGACAAUCCGGACAUCGAAGAGAAAUUUGAGGAUGCCACGGAUGUCAACAAUGAUUCGAAGCGAAGUUCCUCCCAGUCGGAUCAGCCGCCUCAGGAUCCCAAGAACUCGAAUGACCCUCCUCCGAUCUCGAACGACAAGGAGGAACCUAAAGAAGAGCAAAGAGAUAGUACGGGGACUUCAGAGUCGAAAAUCCCUGAUAUAACUACUGAUACAAGCGCUGUGGAUGAUUCCCAUGACGCUCAGCAAACCCCUACUUUGAAAGCUCCAGAGCCCUCCAGCGAUGCCUCAGGCGAUCCUUCAGAGAAACCUCUCCCUCCUAAGCCUGCUACCCGCCCUUCGAGAUUCCAAGGCUUUUCUGCUUCUCUCCCAUCAGUGCCUUGGGGACCGCCUCCUCCCAGAAAAGCGUCAGACGCUCGAGCACCGUCUCCGCAACCACCCCAACCACAGUCAACGUCCACCUUUAGCCGCAAAGUGACUACUCCGUUCGGAUGGCUAAGCCGAGCAACAUCGGCUCCCAAAGAGACACGCUCGCCCCCCCUACCCUCCAAGUCACAAGUUGACGCCCGUCGGAAUACGGCAGCAUCAGCAUCCACUCUCGGUAGUAACGCGGAUUUGACGCUAAAGGCGCUAGAAGAGUCUCAAGAUGGGUCAAGCGGUCAGAAACAGCCUUCUAGAGCAUCGCUCCGCGAACAAUUCAAGAUGCUACGGCUGCGGGAAGAAGCAGGCAUAACGAGCUUGGAGGGAACAGAGUCAUCUGAAGGAGGUGCAAUAGCUGGACUUAUUGGAAGGUCAGCUAGUUUGGGUGUGGGAAUCGCCACUCCGGGCAGUGUAGGUCAGGAUGAAAACGUUGUCUCUACUCCUGUCAUGUCUUCGACCUCGCCCAUAGCCGAAUCACUACCCACUGAUCCAAAUCUGCCCCCAGGAACAGUGGCAGGGGUAGCGGCAGCAACUGCAGAUACCAGCACCCCGAUUGAUUGGGACUUCUGGCAAAAUGUUGUUAAUGAGGGUCCACAGGCCGUUGCUCGGACGAGUCCCGAUGAGUUCACCCAAGCCAUCAGUGGUGGGAUACCACAGACCAUCAGACCAGUUAUAUGGCAAGUGUUAGCAGGCAGCAAGAACGAAGAUCUAGAAGCCGUCUACUGGGAUCUCAAGUCCCGAGGGCCACACUCAGACAUGAAAGAGGGCAUGUCCAAGUCUCCCUUACUGAAUGGGCAUAUCAACGGAAACACCAAGGAAAAAGAGUCGGUAGCGUCGUCGAGAUCGUCGAUAAGAUCUGAUCACUCAACGCCUGCCACCAGCUCCAACGUAGGCGUCGCUUCUCCUUCGCCUUCGCACGAGGCGACGGAUCCCAUGAGCACGGCUCGUCUCCAGACCCAACUGGCAGCGGAGAAGGCAAAAAAGGCCAAAGAGGAUUCAGCAGCGCUGGCCAAGCUUGAGAAGAUGAUCAAACGAGAUAUGGGCUCCAGGACAAGCUACUCAAAGUAUGCAGCAGCUGCAGGUCUGCAAGACGGGCUCUUUCACGUGUGCCGCGCAUAUGCGCUCUUCGAUGAUGCCGUCGGAUACCCCCAAGGCCUGAACUUCAUUAUCAUGCCUCUGUUAUUCACGAUGCCCGAAGAAGAAGCAUUUUGCCUUCUUGUUCGGUUGAUGAACAAAUACCAACUCCGCGACCUUUUCGUCCAGGACAUGCCAGGAUUACAUCUACACCUGUACCAGUUUGAGCGGUUACUGGAGGAUUUGGAACCCGCGCUGUAUUGCCAUCUCAACCGCCGAGGAGUCACUCCCAAGCUCUACGCAACACAGUGGUUUCUAACCAUGUUCGCAUAUCGGUUUCCACUCCAGCUGGUCAUGCGUGUUUACGACUUGGUCCUUUGCGAAGGGCUCGAGGGUGCCAUUUUGAAGUUUGGAAUGGCUGUCAUCCAACGAAACGUGGCUACCCUUCUCGCAAUGCAGGAUAUGCAGAGCCUGACGAACUUUCUCAAAGAAAAGAUCUUCGAUGUUUACAUCGAUGCUGCACCUUCAUCUAAAUCAAUCCUGGAGUCAGGAUUCUUCGGCAGCUCUGGUGGCUCUGACACGGAAGUGUACAGAGCAGAUCUCCUUGUCCAAGAUGCAUGUGCAGUCAAACUUACCCCCGAGAUGCUCAACCGAUACCGGGAAGAAUGGGAGACCACUACAAAGGCUGAAAAAGCACGCGAGACCGAGUUGGAAAAUCUGAGGACCGACUGCGCCACAAAAGCUGCACAGAUCCGCUCUCUCGAGCAGAGAGCCGAGAAAUCCGACGCAGAGCACAUUGAGAUCGCAAAUGAGCUCGUGCGGCUGAAAGUUGAGAAUACCGAGUUGCAAGAUCGCAACGAGAGCUUGACUGGACAGGUCGCCGAGCUGAAAAAGGUUGCAGAGAGUGAGGCCGCAAAUGUCGAAGAGAGGCUCAGGGCGGGAACGGAACAAGUUAUGCAGCGCAAUAUCGAGGUGCAGAAUGAGAAUCGCCACAUGGAGGAGCAAAUGGCCGAAAUGGAGCGGGAGCUCGUAGAGAUCAAGAUGAAGUAUGCCGAGCUCAAUGCCGAACAUGAAGGCCUCAAGCAAAAGUGGAAUGACUUGAAAAAAGCGUUGGAAUGA